AUGAAGUCAUAUUUUUCCAGAGGUGUACGGAUUCUUUUUAAGAAAUAUUUACUAUUAACUAAUAGUAUCACCUCUGGUUUAUUUAUGACUAUUGGUGAUGUUGUGCAACAAGAAUUUGAGUAUCAAACCAAUGUAAUACAUACCAGAUAUGAUUGGGACAGGGCAGCAAGAAUGUUUGUCGUGGGUACUGCUAUGGGUCCAGUACAUCACUAUUAUUACCAUUAUUUAGACAAAUUACUGCCUGAAAUAAGCUUAAAAACUGUUGGGAAAAAGAUAUUGAGUGAUCAGUUGCUAGCAUCGCCUUCAACUAUUCUAUGCUUUUACUAUGGCAUGGGUUUUUUAGAAAGGAAAACUUUCAAGGAAUCCACUGAAGAAAUCAAACAAAAAAUUAAAUUAACUUACAUGGGGGAUUGUUUGUUCUGGCCUCCUGUACAGUUUAUUAAUUUUUACUACUUACCUUCACACUACAGGGUAUUUUAUAUAAACUUUGCAACAAUGAUAUAUAAUGUGUUUUUGUCGUAUAUGAAACAUUAUGAUCAGCACAAAUAA